AUGUUCUUAGUCGAGGUACACCUAACAGAUUUCAUAUGUCCGCCUUUCGUUUCUGAAACAGUCGUGCUCCUUUCGGCAUCGAAUAUAUGUUUGUCAAAUUUCGACUGCCGCCAGCGAAGGAAGUGCUGCGAAACUCCUCUGGGCAAUUACUGCCUUUUGCCGAUUCGAGUCAAGAGCGAAGGCAGAGAAAAAAGACUGCGUCACCUGUGCGGUGAGAAAGAAGAGUACUCUUUGUGUGCACCGAAAUGCUUUGCGAACUGUGAAGACUUGGACGCGGAACGGAGAUGUUCAGAAUGCUCCCCCGGGUGCAAAUGCAUGACGGGAUACUACCGGAUCGAAAAGACGAACAGUUCUUCGACCUGCGUUCCUAGAUACGUAUGUGCGAAAUCGAGAGCAAAGCGCAUCUGUCCAGCCAAGAUUCAACUGCAGGUAAAUCGACCGUAUCAGAUUUGUGAAAGUGACCGUGACUGCACUACUCUGGAAAGAUGCUGCGAUUCUGGUGAUUUAAAUCUGAGAAAAAUCUGCGUCGAAGGCGUGCCAUUAAACGCGCAUACCACUACCAGUCCUGUUAUGGCGACCACAACGCAGGCUUCGAUGAGGAUAAAGCAGUUAUGUGUGAGAAAAAAUGAGGAGUACGGGGAGUGCGUCACAAAGUGCCAACCGAGUUGUAGAAAAGAGCGGGACACUUCGGCCCUCUGCAACGGAUGCAGGCCCGGCUGUCAAUGCAAAGACGGUUACCUUCGACUGACCAGUUCGUCGGACUCACUGUGCGUGUCCGCCAAAACCUGUGCUCGAGUUAACUCUGUUCGAGACAGAUGCUUUGACGGAACGGUGCCUCUUGGCAGGUGCGAUCAACCCUACAACACGUGUCCCAUAUCAUUCACCUGCGAAUACGGUCUCUGCUGCCAGUCGGCAGAGCCACUAGCUUGUUCAAGUAAACCGGAAGUGUCCGAAGUGCUUGCUGCCGGCAGCUGUUUCACUGACGAGGAAUGCGAAGAGAAGGAAAAAUGCUGCAACACCUACCUCGGUCCAAAGUGUCUAGAAAUCAAGAUGUCACUGCUCAAAAAUCGACGUUCU